AUGAGUGAUGGUUUUAUUGUUUUGCCAACUGCAUUGAUUGUUAAAGAUCCAUGCAAGAAAUCUGAUAACUCUCUCGAAGGAUUAUUAGAUCAGAGUGGUCAACAUGGUUGUUCCACUCAAUAUGUUAUGAAACCUAAUGUCGAGUUGAAAUUUGAUAGAAUUUAUCAAUUCACAACAUUGGAAUGUGUUUCAAACAAAAAGUAUCCUGAUGAUCAGCAGAGAUUGAGAGGUGUCGAUGUUAGUGUUCGUUCGAAUGAAACAGAUCCUUGGAAGGCAGUUUGUUCUUUCAAAGAAGGAAAUGGUAUUCAAUUGAUUAAUCUUAAUGUUGCUGCUCGUUUUAUUAAGUUUGAUAGAUUUGGAAAGGGUGAGGUUGCGUUUGGUAGAUUGUGGGUCAGAGCUAGUGAUGCUCUUCCUGUGAAUAUCAAGACUAAAGCUGGUGAGAUUAUUCAAGUUUCGAAUGUGCAAGAGUCAGCAGUUGUUGAUAAUCUUGAUGAACCUCAAUACACAGAAGGUGAAAUUAGUGUUAUAGCUCCUACUAAAUUGGUAUUAUCAUCCAAGGAUACUUGGGGAAACAAUACCAUUGAAGGAUUGUUAGACGAAACUGGAAAGUAUGGUGUUUGUACUCAAAAUGGAUCGAAGCAGAAUGUUGUUCUCACGUUCAAUAGAGUUUAUUUGUUUACUUUACUAGAAUUUAAGGCUUGUAGAUUGGGAGAAAAUAAUCAGUUUGGGUUAUUGGAAAAUACCCAAAUCGAAUAUAAACAAUUGGAAAGUCAAGAAUGGAUUCCAUUGAGAGAAAUCAAGAAAUCUGAUAUUAAGAAACAUCCAGAAAGUAACUAUAUUCACUUUGAUACUCCAGUUAAAGCAAGAGCUUUCAAAUUCUCCAAAUUAGGAAAUGGAUUCGUCCAAUUAUUUAUUGGAAUGUUGAAAUUAUUUGGUUAUCAUCCAUAUACUGAUAUCAAGACUGUUUCUGGUGUUGUUUCUAGAUAUAAUGCUCAAUCUGGCACAACUUCAGUUCCAGUUGUUGUUCAAGCAACUCCAAUAGUAACUAGUCAACCAACAACAAGUCAACCAGUUGUUCAACCAGUAGUUUCACAACCAGUGGUUGCAACUCCAAAACCUCAAGUUGCUCAACCAGUAGUUCAACAAACUCCAGUUACCACUACUCAACCUAAACCACAAACUACUCAACCAGUAAUAGCUCAACAACCACAAACUUCUCAACCAAUUGUUGUAUCUUCUGAUGAACCAAAAUUCACUUCAGGUGAAAUCAACUGUGUUCCACCUCUCGAAUUAAAACAAUCCUCAAAGGACACUUGGGGUGAUAACUCACUCCAGGGAUUAUUCGACGAUUCUGGUAAAUUGGGAGCAUGCACAGCAAGAGGUUCGAAUAAUUACAUUGAAAUCAAAUAUGGCGCAGUGUAUUUGUUCACUUAUUUGGAAUACAAGUCCAGUAAAUUGGGAGACAACAUGCAAUUGGAUUGUUUACAAAAUGUCAGAAUCGAAUACAGAGUGAAAGAAAGUGAUUCAUGGACAAUUUAUGGACAUAUCAAGAGAAGUGAUAUUAAAUUACGUCCUCAAGUCAACACUAUUGAAUUCACAACACCAAUUAAGGCAAGAUAUUGGAGAUUCUGUAAGGAAGAUAAUGAAAAUCUCUUUUUUGGUAUGAUUCGUCUAUAUGGCUACUGUGACUAUGUUCCAAUUCAAACUAAAGGAGGUGUUAUCCUAUCAGUAAAAGAAGCACUCGCCCAAUGGGAACCUAAAUUCACUGGUCCAGAGGUAAAUCUCAUUCCAAUUAAGGAAUUAAUUUCUAAGGGAGAAUCAAGACGUGAAAAUACCGUUGAAGGUUUGUUAGAUGAUUCUGGAGAUUAUGGUUACACCACUGCUAGUCAUCAAAAGGAAAUUGAGUUGGAAUUUGAACAUGUUUACUUGCUUACUCAUGUGGAAUACAUGACCUUGUCACUUUCGAAUGAUCCAGUUUUUUAUCUGAAAGGUACAAAGAUUGAGUCCAAGGUAAAAGAUUCAGAUCCAUGGACUUUGGUUAGUACUAUUGAGAAGGAUUCUAUUCAACUUGGUCCACUUGUGAAUACCAUUACAUUUACUGAACCAAUUAAGGCCAAGAGAUUGAGAUUGGUGGCAGCUGACAGUUGCCUUGAAAUUGGUAUGUUUAGACCUUUUGGAUACGCCCCAUUCGUAGCAGUCAAAACCAAGUCUGGUCCACUUCUAUCAAAAGAAGAAUAUGCAAAGUUUUUGGAAGAUCCCUAUCCAGGAUGUCAAGAAAUCAACUUGAUUAAACCUGUAUCCCUUUAUAGAAAUACUUCUAAUGCACGUCAAAAAGCAGACCCUAAAGCAAUUGAAGAUUUAUCGAAACCAGAUGGUAAAGAGGGAUUCAGCACAAGCUCCGGAACUUCCUCAUUCAUUGAAAUGGCAUUUGACAGAGUUUACAAUUUCAGAGUCAUGACUUUCAGAAACCACGAAAAAAGUGAUCAAUACGAAAAAAAGGAUGGCACAGGAAGAUACCAAACCUGCUCCCUCAUCGACACACUCGUCGAAUACAAGCUCACCAAUAGAGAUAAUUGGCUUACUUACAGAAAAGUUUAUUCCCUUACUACAAGUGUUAAGGGAGUUUUCAUGUUGGAUUUUGGUGAGGUUGGUUUGAAGGCAAAACACAUUCGUUUUGUACAAAAACCACAUCAAGGAAUGACUGGUACGUUAGCUGCAGGUAUGAUGAGAUUUUAUGCAUUUGCACCAGCUCAACAAGUCAAGAUUGGUUCAGAGUUGCAUAAGGAGAUUAAGGUUGAAUUGAGUAGAAAGGAAAAUCCACAAGUUACAAAACUUUCUCCAUCUAAUCUUGUGGAUCCAAUCUAUACGGAAAGCACUUGUCCUGAUGUGAAUGUUGUUGCACCAAUCAAGAUUCUCACCUCCCAAAAUUCAAAUAAGGCAAACAACUCAAUUGAGGGUAUUCUUGAUGAUAAUGGUAAAUACGGUACAUCCAUAGCUCAAUCAGUUCACAAUUAUUUGAUUCUCGAAUUUGAAGCUGUCUUCCAAUUCAAAUAUUUUGAAUUUAUGAAACAUGAAAAGAUUCAAUUUUCGGACGAGCUCAAAACGUCACUCGUUUUAUACUCCAAAGUUAAUGAAAAUGAUCUGUGGACUCGUGUUCGACCACUUUCUGGUAAUUUCUAUCACUGGCCUAAACUAAACAUUAUCAAAUUCGAUGGAGAAGGAAUCAAUGCUCGAUUCUUCAAAUUCGAAAGAGUUUGUGGAGAUUUCUCAUUUGGCAUGAUUCAAUUCUUUGCAGUAGCUCCUUUCGUUCCAUACAAUAGUUUGAACGGAGUGAUUCUCUCAAGAGAGCAACAAGAAGCUCCCCACUUGACACCUUACAAGGGAAAUCAAGUCAACUGUCUAGUUCCUGAUGAAAUUUAUGUUGGAUUGGAUGAGGAUGAAGUUUUGGGAAAUAAGCAACCAUCCUCCCUUGAAACUGAGCAAAGGGCUGAGAAUACCAUCGCAGGUCUAUUGGAUGAUUCAGCAGAAUAUGGUAUUUGUUCUGAAUAUGGAACUUUAAUUAUUGGUUACAACAAAAUUCAAUUCUUUAAAUAUAUUGAAUAUUAUACUCAUGCCUUGUAUGAUGAAAAGAAUCAAAAGAAAUUCGCUUCAGACAUUCAAGUUUAUUACAAGAUUAGACUUAAUGAACCUUGGAUUCCAUUUGGUAAGAAUAUGGAACAGUCAAAAGUUUAUCCAAAUUUGAAUAGAUUUGAACUGAGUGAUAGUUCAACUGGAUUUAAGGCAAAAUAUUGGAAAUUUGAAACAAGAGAUGUAUUAUUAUUAGGUACUUUCAAAUUAUUCGGUUUUGGUGAAUUUAUUGCUGCUCCAACAGUUACUGGAACACUUCGUCCAGUCAACCAUGAUUUUGCCACCGAUAAACUCAAUAUCAAAGAUUUGGUUGCCUUGGAAAAGUACUAUUCCAAAUACGUCUCUGAAAAAUUCAAACCAAUCUCUGAAGGAAUGGGUCCAGUUAAACAACUUGACAAUGAUCUAUCCAAAUUGGUCAACCCAAUUUUGGCGGGAACAAGUCAAAUCAAUAUUAUUCUUCCUGACAGCUCAACCUCUACCAAUAUCCAAACCAGAAGCUCCUUCACUCCAAUCUACAUCAACAUUGGUAAGGUAGAAUUCGAACUUCUCAAUCUUCGUUUUGUCAACCCAACCAACACAACUAUUUCAGUAGUUUCCAUGAAAAUCGAAUAUUUAGAUCAUGAUAAGAAAUGGAUUCCUUUCACAUAUGCAGCAGAUGUUACUUAUUGGCAACCAGCUCUCAUUAAAACCUUUGUAAAGAACAAGUUCACUGAAGAAGUUGAAGUAGUUUACAAAGAAAGCACAGAUCAAGGUGAAUAUGUGCAUUUGAGUAAUUUCAAUAUUAAUCCAGGCGAAACUGUUAAUUAUAACGUUAAUGGUAAGACGAUUUGCGAAGGAGAAAAUCCAGAAUACAAUAAUCAUGCUACUAGUUUGGUUCCUCAUUAUUUCCCAUAUCCUAGUACGUUUAAGUUUAGUUUAGUCGAUUCUUUGGGUGAAACUAAAACAGUAGAAGUAGUUUAUAUGCAUCCAGAAUUGAAAGAAAUUCAAGAUCCUCAAAAGUUUAAGGAAACAGCCAAAUUGAGAGACCAAGAUUUCUUUGCUGAAGUUUCGGAUAAUGUGAAUAGAAUUAAUUCAUUUGUUGGAGUAAGAGCCGAUCCAUCUGGUGAAGGAAUAAUUCUUUUCAACUCUGCCAUCACAAAAGAAAACGAAUCUACCAAGAAAUUCGAUUUAGGUCAAUUGAGAUUCGGAUACGAAAAUAAGAAACAAGAAGAACAAUUAUUAUGGGAUGCUAAAGGAAAAUAUUGUAGUGCCAAGUUCUAUUUAUUAUCCGAUCCAGAAUUGCAUUAUAGAGCAUUUGCUAUUAAGGUUGUUGCAAAUUCACUUUCCAAAGCAAAUCACAUUGAGAGAGUUUAUUCAAUUUAUGAGAUUUUGCAACAUUUGAAGCCAUUGGCUAUUUCAAAUAAAGAGUAA